ACUCCGCAACUGUCCGAACUCUAAAAGAAACGGACAACUUCUUGCCUCCAGUUCUGCCGUCCAAGGGAAGAAGAAAGAGGCCGGCACCUGCGGCAACCUGCCCAGCAGCAACCGCCCUCGUCGCCCGCGAGCGCAUCUUCUCAGGGAAGAUGCCUGUGUCAAGAGCUGCAAAGCCUGUGUCUUCUAAACCAAAUCCUUUCGACUCAGACUCGGAAUCUGAAUUUACCUCAAAACCUGCAAGAGCAUCAUCUUCCUAUUCAGUUGAUCCUAGCACCAAGAGCCAAUACAAGAAUGGCUUCCAUGAUUCAGGCGGAUUCGAGAACCAAUCUGUGCAAGAACUGGAGAGUUACGCUGAAUACAAGGCCGAUGAGACCACUCAGAGAGUGAAUGACUGCCUUCGGCUUGCUGAAAACAUCAGAGAGGGUGCUACAAACACUCUAAUCACUUUGCAUAAGCAGGGUGAACAGAUAAAUAGGACCCAUGAAACAGCUGCAAACAUUGAUCAGGACCUUAGCAGGAGCGAGACACUUCUGGGAAGCCUUGGAGGGCUUUUCUCAAAAACCUGGAAGCCAAAGAAAACUAGGCAAAUAAAGGGUCCAGCAAUUAUAACAAGAGAUGAUUCCUUCAAAAGAAGGGCUAACCACUUAGAACAGAGAGAGAAAUUAGGACUGUCUUCAAGCCCUAGGGAGAAGUUGAAUUCUCAGAAGUACUCCGAUCCCACUAAUGCCAUGGAGAAAGUCCAGGUAGAGAAGGAUAAGCAAGACAACGCCCUUUCUGAUCUUAGUGAUAUCCUGGGACAGCUCAAGGGCAUGGCUCUGGACAUGGGCUCAGAAAUAGAUAGGCAGACCAAAGCGAUGGAUGGUCUACAGGAUGAUGUGGUUGAACUCAACUCCAGGGUUAAAGGAGCCAACCAGCGUGCGCGCCGUUUGCUCUGGAAAUAACAUUGCCGUACAGAGCCAAACAGUUAUUGCUCCUGCCUUGCUAAGCAUACCCUUGUAACUAUCUCUUGGGGAGAAAAGGUAUCCUUGCAAGUUGCAACAUUGCCUCCAAAAUACAUAUGAGGUGCACAUUAAUCAUCUACGAGCCAUAAAAAGUGUCGUCCACUUAGUACAUAAUUUGUACUAGCUUAGUACAAAAUGGGCGACAUUUUUUAUUUUUUAUGGAUCGGAGGGUGUAGUUUCUGUAAUUUGUUAUCAACCAAAAUUGCACUGAUAUCUUGACAGCCCCAUCAACAAAUCUGUAUUUAUGUAGAGAUAAUAAAUGAAUCCUCGUAACGGUCGUAUUAAUAUGGA